AUGGGAAACGCCAAAAGCAGCGCUAUGUCCAAGGCGAUUUUGGAGGACCUGAAACUUAACACCAGAUUUUCAGAAGAAGAGCUGUCACAGUGGUACGAGAAUUUUCAGAAGCAGUGCCCAUCCGGCCGAAUCACGCCUGCCGAGUUUACAAAGAUCUACGAGCGGUUCUUCCCAGACAGUGACACCGCGUGUUACGCCCAGCAUGUCUUCCGCUCAUUUGAUACAAACGAUGAUGGGACACUGGAUUUCAAGGAAUACAUCAUUGCUCUUCAUAUGACGUCAACUGGAAAAACGGAGCGUAAACUGGAGUGGGCCUUCUCACUCUUUGAUGUUGACAAGAAUGGCUACAUCACCAAGGCAGAAGUGAAGGAAAUAUGCCAGGCCAUCUUUAAGCUGAUCCCCAAAGAAGAACAAGAGAAUCUUCCAGAUGAUGAAAACACUCCAGAAAAAAGAGCAAACAAACUGUGGUCUUUCUUCGAUAAGAAAGAUAAUGAACGGCUGGCUGAGGGGGAGUUUAUUCAGGGCAUUCUCGACAAUGAGGAUGCUCUUCACUUCAUUCAGUAUGAGCCCCCAAAGUAAGAUAAAUAAAGACAAUCAAAUUAUAUUUUCGCUUUCAUGCCACUUCCUCUGCCCAUGUGCUUUUCUUUCAUUUUUCAUUUUGUUUUGUUGUAACUUUCAUCCUUUUAAUCUGUUUCUAUUCUUGCAUCAGUGCUACAAUCUCUUUGUAAAUAUCACCCAAA